UUGGACUCUGAAUCCAGUAACCCGAGUUCAAAUCUCGGUGGGACCUUUUUGGUUUUCCACUCCUGAAGAAUUUAUCAGUUAUUAUCGUUAUCCACUUCUCUUCCACCGGUGCCCACCAAACCCAGAAAAUGCUUCGUUCUCUUUCGCUUUCUUCUUUCUCUCGUCCUUCUCGCUCUCGUUCCCUUUCUGCCAACCCUAAUCCUAAAUCCACCACUUUUUACCUGAAGUUCCGCACAACCUACCGUGAAAACCUCCGCUACCUUAAAAUUCUCGGCGUCAUUGAACCCCAAACCAAACCCAACAAGCUCCCCCUCCCCGAUGCCGUCGAUCACAUCCUGGUCACCGUCAAUUUUCUCAAAUCGAAGGGAUUCUGCGACUCCGAUUUCCCUAGACUCGCCUUCCUCUGCCCUCAAAUCUUCUCCGACACCUUCCAAUUCACUGACAUUGCUCCCGUUUUCGACUUUUUAGCUGAUGAGCUUCCCGCCUCUGUUGAGGAAUCGCACGCCCUGAUCCUCCGGUGCCCUAGUAUCCUCUUCUCGGACGUGGAGUUCUGUCUUCGACCUACCCUGCGCUUUCUUCGCCAAAUAGGAGUUGAGAAUUUGAACCGGCCCACCAGUUUGAACGCUCAUUUGCUGAACACGCGGGUGGAGAAGCUUCGGAAGAAGAUUACAUUUCUGCAGAGCAUAGGUUUUUCGUACGAGGAAGCGGCAAAUGCUUGUGCGAGAGAUCCGGCCAUUUUUGGAUAUGGGCUUGAGAAUAAUAUGUUGCCAAAAUUUGAGUAUCUAGUGAAUCAUAUGAAACGGAGUGUGGAAGAAUUGAAGGUGUUUCCUCAGUACUUCGGGUUUAGUCUGGAGAAGAGGAUUAUUCCAAGGCAUUUACAUCUUGCACAGAGGAAUGUGCAGAUCCCGUUGAAAAGAAUGUUGAUGUGGGGUGAUGAAAAGUUCUACGCCAAGUGGAAGUGACUUUUGGCCCAAUUCUGGGAUCGAAUUUGUAUACUUUACAGUUGUAAAUUUGGGGUUGUUAUGACAUUUUUGCGAUGUUGAUUUACUUAACACUUUUUUCUCGCUUGAUUUAUGAAGUUAAUUUUUUUCCCCUUGGUCAAUAUUGAUGGCCUUUUUUUAAUGCAAAUUUGUAUACUUAAUUUUCACUUAAACAAGCUACUCUAUGGGCUA